AUGGCAGGCACCGCCGACGGGAUGCCGACGGGCUUUGGCUGGGGCCUCUCGCGGCGGCAGCCCUUCUUCAUGGGGCGUGCGAGACGCCCCGCCGUCUCCUACUCCGAGUGCUCGUCGGUCGGGCUCUGGCUGCGCCUCGGCUGGGUGUACGCGUCGCGCGGCCUCGGCUACUUCCGCGGCGAGCCGAUCAGCCUCUCGCCGCGCUCGGGCGAGGGCCCUCCCUCGUGGCUCCUCGAGGAGGGCGCAUUCGCGGUGGAGGUGACGGCGACGGCGGCGAGCGGCGCGCAGGCGGUUGCGACCGUCGCGGGCAAGGGCGACCCGGGCUACGGCGCGACCGCUAAGAUGCUGGCCGAGGUGGGGCUCUGCCUGAGUCUGGACGCGCACCCCUCUGCGGCGGGAGGCGUGCUCACGCCCUGGACCGGCUUGGGGGAGGCCCUGGCGGCGCGCCUGCGCCGGGCGGAGGGCGGCGCCUUUAUGACGCUCGACGUCGCGCGGACACCGCGGGCGGGCGAUGGGGCGGCAGUGCGAUGA